GUCAGAGUAGGCGGAGAGUCUCAGAGGAAGGAGCCCCUGGGAGCUGCCCCCCACCCCCACCCACGCCAUGGCGAGCGUGGUGGUGAAGACGAUCUGGCAGUCCAAAGAAAUCCAUGAGGCUGGGGACCCCCCGGCGGGGGUCGAGAGCCGCUCCCAGCUGGUCCCUGAGGCUCCUGCGGGGGUGACCAGCCCAGUCAAGGGGAUCGCGAAGAAAAAGAAGGCCGUGUCGUUCCACGGGGUGGAGCCUCGGAUGUCCCACGAGCCAAUGCACUGGUGCCUGAACCUCAAACGGUCCUCGGCCUACACCAACGUGUCCCUGCUCAACCUGGCCGCCAUGGAGCCCAUCGACUCCUCGGGGACAGACUCAACGGCGGAAGACAGCAGCUCACUAGCACUGCCUGUGCCCCCUGCCUCCCCCACCCCACCCUGGGCUCCAGAUGACCCCGACAUCACGGAAAUACUGAGUGGCGUCAACAGUGGAUUGGUCCGUGCUAAAGACUCCAUCACCAGCUUGAAGGAAAAGACCACUCGGGUUAACCAGCACGUGCUGACGCUGCAGAGUGAGUGUUCUGUGCUGAGUGAGAAUCUAGAGAGAAGGCGGCAAGAGGCGGAAGAACUAGAAGGGUACUGUAGUCAACUCAAGGAGAAUUGCCGGAAGGUGACCAGGUCGGUGGAAGAUGCUGAGAUAAAAACCAAUGUCCUGAAGCAGAACUCUGCCCUGCUGGAGGAGAAGCUGCGCUACCUCCAGCAGCAACUGCAGGAUGAGACGCCGAGGAGGCAGGAGGCCGAGCUGCAGGAGCUAGAGCAGAAGCUGGAGGCUGGCCUCUCCCGGCAGGGCCUGGGCCCCGCCACCCAGCCACCAGGCUGCUCUGGCCCGUCAGGGAGCCCCGACGAACCCCCGCGACCCCGAGGCCUGGUCCCAGGCGGCUGGGGAAUGGGGCCCCGGGCAGGGGAAGGCCCCAUCGUGAGCGAGCAGGAGUUGCAGAAGGUCUCUGCUGGCCUUGAGGAGCUGAGAAGGGUGGUGUCCUCACUGACCGCCCGGUGGCAUCAGGAGGAGGGAGCGGUGCAGGAGGCCCUACGGCUGCUCGGGGGCCUGGGCGGCAGGCUCGACGGCUUCCUGGGCCAGUGGGAGCGGGCGCAGCGCGAGCAGGCGCAGACCGCGCAGGGCCUGCAAGAGCUGCGGGGCCGGGCGGACGAGCUGUGCACUAUGGUGGAGCGGUCAGCAGUGUCUGUGGCUUCACUGCGGAGUGAACUGGAGGGGCUGGGCCCAGUGAAACCGAUUCUGGAAGAGCUUGGGCGGCAAUUUCAGAACUCUCGAAGAGGGUCCGACCUCUCUAUGAACCUAGAUCGGGCCGCCCAAGGCUCCUGUGCCCGCUGUGCCAGCCAGGGGCAGCAGUUGUCCACGGAGUCCUUGCAGCAGCUGCUGGAGCGAGCGCUGACCCCACUAGUGGAUGAAGUGAAACAGAGGGGCCUGGCUCCUGCCUGCCUCAGCUGCCAGAGGCUACACAAGAAGAUUCUGCCCAGUCCAGCAAGCCCAGCCGCGCCUACACUCCUCUCCCCAGGAGCUGGAGCGCCAGGCCUUGGCCAAACACGUCAGGGCAGAGGCCCUGAGCUCCACCCUUCGGCUGGCCCAAGACGAAGCCUUGCGGGCCAAGAACCUGCUGCUGACGGACAAGAUGAAGCCGGAGUGAGGAAGGAGGCUGAGGGCAUGGGAGGAGGGGAGAAGGUGGCCGCUCUGGACUAUCUACACUUGAAGAUGUGCUCCCUCCACGAUCAACUCAGCAACCUGCCACUUGAGGGGUCCGCGGGGACAAUGGGGGGAGGAAGUGGUGGGGGAACUUCCCCAAAACGUGGGGGCCCAACCCUUGAGCAAUAAAUGGCCCCUCAUGCUG